AUGGCUGCCUCUCUUCUUCGCACCUCCACUCGCUCCGCCCUGCGCGCUGGAGCUUCGGCUGCGCCCAGAGCCGCUGGUGUCGCGGGCACCACCUUCUGCCGCGGCAAGGCCACUUUGCCUGACCUGCAAUAUGACUUCGGCGCCCUGGAGCCGUCCAUCUCGGGCAAGAUCAUGGAGCUUCACUACAAGAACCACCACCAGACCUAUGUCAACAACUACAACGCGUCCGUCGAGAAGCUGCAGGAGGCCCAGCACAAGGGCGACAUUGCCGCCCAGAUUGCGCUGAAGCCCGCCAUCAACUUCAACGGCGGUGGUCACCUCAACCACAGCCUGUUCUGGGAGAACCUGGCCCCCAAGAGCGCCGGCGGCGGCGAGCCCCCCUCCGGUGCCUUGAGCAAGGCCGUCAACGACAGCUUCGGCAGCGUUGAGCAGUUCCAGAGCCUGAUGAACGCCGCGCUCGCGGGCAUCCAGGGCAGCGGCUGGGCCUGGUUGGUCAAGGACAAGCAGACCGGCGGCCUCGCCAUCAAGACCUACGCCGUAUGGAUCUUGACGCUAACUUCCUACAGAACCAGGACCCCGUUGUCGGUCAGUUCGAGCCCCUGCUGGGUAUUGAUGCUUGGGAGCACGCCUACUACCUGCAAUACCAGAACCGCAAGGCCGAGUACUUCCAGGCCAUCUGGGACGUGGUCAACUGGAAGGCCGUGGAGAAGCGUUUCUCUUAGAGAACGGCGGGAUGACCCCGGUGAACGUCGUGGCUUUCGAGCCUUUUUCGCCAGCGCCCUCCGACCCAAGAAAUCCCGCCAGGUCCUGCGCAAGGGCGGCUUCAGUACCUCCACGCCAGAUCUCCGACCCUCCACCAGCAGCAGCAGCGUAUACACGGCCCCCGGCGCCCGCUUUCCCGACGAUGACGUGCCUCCAAUGCCCUCCCUGGCCCCGCUCGAGGCCCACCGCGCCAAGUACCGCGCGAUCAAUGCCGGCAAGGAUACCCAGCUGGGCGAGACCCGCGACCCCACGGCCAUGCUGCACGCCCUGGGGGUCCAGGAACUCGAACACGACCCCAAUGCGCCGGACGACAUGCAUGACAACCGGCCGCCGGGCGAGCCCGACAUAGCCAGCCUCUCCGCCGACCUGUGGCAGCGCAUCGCCGACGAACUCAACCCCGCUGGCCGCGCCAGUCUCAUCUUCGCCAGCAAGACCCUCCUAUCGCGGCUAGGCCCCGGCGCCUGGUGGGCGCUCGAUGAGCCCGAUAACACCCCCUACAAGGGCGACUUCCUUGCCUCCCAGGACCGACAUUACCCGCACCACCUCCUCUGCUUCCCUUGCGGCGUCUUCCACCGCCGCACGCAAGAGGGCGCCGAACGCCUCCAGCCAGCCGGCACAGUCAACCCGCUCUUCGACUGCCCCAACGCCCGCAACAGCGCGCUGCCGUCCCCGCGCCACCGCAUCACCCACGGCCGCGUCCUCUACUUCGUCUUCGUGCAGCUCUCCAUGCGCGCCCACCGCUUCGGUCCCCGCUACGGCAUCCCCGCCGAGACCCUCAGCCGGCGCUGGCGCCGCGACGGCUGGUGGCACAACACCCGCUACUACAUCCACCGCAACCACCUGCUCAUGCGGGUCGUCAGCUCGACGUUCGCCGAGGCAGGCCUGACGCCCUCCGCGCAGCGCAUGCUCCUCUACUCGCGCGAGGACUACUGGCCCUACUUCUCCGCCUGCGCCCACUGGCGCGACGGCGAGCUCAUGAACAUCUGCAAGUGCGCCCUCGGCCACAUCCCCCAGUCCCGCGCCACUGCCGGCCUCCAGGGCCUCGAACACCGCGCCAAGGACAAGUACCACGGCCGCACCCACAACCCCAACGCCCUGACCACCCUCUGCGGCCGCUGUCGCCCCAUGCGCCGCUGCCCCGAGUGCCCCUCGGAGUACCUCGUCGAGGUCAAGCUCACCGAGGACCGCUCCGACCCCCGCGCGCUCCGCUUCCGCCAGGCCAUCGUCGUCACGCGCUGGUGCGACCUCGGCGACGGGACGUCCCCGCACACGUCGCCGGAGUGGUCCGCCUGCAAUGGCGAGAACGUCGAUCACCCGUUCGAUUCGUUCGCCAGGUUCAGCAAGCGCUCUAUCGCGGGGACGUUCGAGGCGGCCUUUACGGAUGAUACCUUGCCGGGGCAGCGGAUGCUGUCUUUGAAUCCGAAGGGGAAAAAGUUGGGAGAGGAGGGAACGGGGUGGUAUUAA